ACAAUAGUAUCAGAUUGUUCCUUUGUGGCAUCGCUAGCUAUCAGUGCAGCAUAUGAAAGAAGAUAUAACAAAAAAUUGAUCACAAGUAUAAUUUACCCUCAGAAUAAGAAAGGAGAGCCAGAAUAUAAUCCAUGUGGCAAAUACAUGGUGAAGCUUCAUAUCAAUGGUGUACCUAGAAAGGUAAUCAUAGAUGACCAGUUGCCAGUUGAUCAUAGUGGGGAACUUCUCUGCUCCUAUUCUAACAAUAAGAAUGAAUUAUGGGUAUCGCUAAUAGAAAAGGCUUACAUGAAGGUCAUGGGAGGAUAUGAUUUUCCUGGAUCAAAUUCUAAUAUUGAUCUCCAUGCACUGACUGGUUGGAUACCUGAAAGAAUUGCUAUGCACUCUGACAAUCAAGCUUUCAAUAAAGAUAGUACUUUCAGAAUGCUUUAUCAGAGAUUUCACAAGGGCGAUGUCCUUAUCACAGCAGCAACAGGGGUGAUGUCUGAAGAGGAAGGAGAAAAAUGGGGUUUAGUUCCAACCCAUGCGUAUGCAGUCUUGGAUAUAAGAGAAUAUAAGGGACUUCGAUUUCUGCAGUUGAAAAAUCCCUGGAGCCACUUACGUUGGAAGGGACGAUACAGUGAAAAUGACACAAGAAAUUGGACCCCAGAUUUACAAAAAUACUUGAACUUUGAUCCCAGAACAGCUCAGAAAAUAGACAAUGGCAUUUUCUGGAUUGCCUGGGAGGACCUGUGCCAGUACUAUGAUGUUAUUUAUUUGAGUUGGAACCCAAGCCUCUUUAAAGAAUCCACGUGUAUUCACAGUACCUGGGAUGCAAAGCAAGGCCCUGUGAAGGAUGCCUACAGCCUGGCUAAUAACCCUCAGUACAAGCUGGAGGUCCAGUGUCCGCAGGGUGGUGCUGCCGUCUGGAUUCUUCUUAGCAGGCACAUCACAGAUAAGGAUGACUUUGCACACAAUCAGGAAUUCAUUACAAUGGUUGUAUACAAGACUGAUGGCAAAAAAGUUUACUAUCCAGCUGAUCCUCCUCCGUAUAUUGAUGGUAUUCGGAUCAACAGUCCUCAUUAUCUAACCAAGAUAAAGCUGACCUCUCCAGGGCCCCAUACGUUUACCUUAGUGGUGUCCCAGUAUGAGAAACAGAACACUAUCCAUUACACCAUCAGGGUGUAUUCCUUGUGCAAGUUCACCUUUUCCAAGAUUCCUACACCUUACACCAUUUCCAAACGGGUUAAUGGCCAGUGGAAAGGUCACAGUGCUGGAGGAUGUGGAAAUUUCAGAGACACCUACAAAAAUAACCCCAUUUAUCAAUUCCAGCUGGACAAGAGCGGGCCAUUACUGAUUGAGCUACGAGGACCGAGGUUUGUAGCCAAUAAGUGUGCAUCAACACAGCACGAGUAUUACAUGCUAAAGAUAAAGCUUUUCAGUAUCCUCCAGGGGGAGGGUGGGAAGCUCCCUGAAAAUCCAGAAGACAAGGUGUGGAAG